AUGAGUAAUCUCGUGUCAAUAAGUCCUACUUCGUCGAAACCGACCUUUCAACACGCCCAAGAAAAGAGCCAUGCGAGAAAGGCGUAUCAAAAAGGGCAGCGCAGAAAAGAGACACUUUUCAAAAAAGCAUUCGAAUACUCAACGCAAUGCGACGCUGAUGUCCAGCUUGUUGUGCGGAUAAGGAAGACUGGCAAGAUCUUUACUUUGACUUCCAAGUCGGAAGGGUGGCCGCUAUCUGCAAAACAGCUGGAUUUGACCCACCCACUACCAAUCCGAAAAACGACGGAUGAACUCGCGAGGCAAUACGAGAAACGUGAUACCGUUGUCAAAACCAACCUCUCCAAUUCAGAUGACACAGAGGAGCCGAACAUCACAGACACCAGCGAUCUAUGUAUCCGGGCGUCAUGA